AUGGGUGAGUCCUUGUGGUUCCCCACUGUGCACGAAGAGGCCCGAGGACAUUCGGAUUGGAAGCACAUCGACGAGCGCUACUUGGAGGGCCGCCGUCGCCAUGUGCUGGAAGAGUACCAGAAGUUGCAUGAUCUCAACAAGAAGCAGUCCACGGUUUUGAUUGUGGGCGCCGGCUUCAUUGGCGUGGAAUGGGCAACCGAGCUGGAGCACUUCUUCCCGCAGCUGAAGCUGACGAUCAUCGACUUCCUCCCCAGGUGCCUGGGUCCCCUGCCGGACGGCGCCGCCGAGUAUUGCUCCGAAUACAUGUCCGCCUGUGGCAUCAAGGAGUUCUACAACUGCAAGUACGAUCCCAAGAAUCCGGAAUUUUGGAAGCAGAUCGAGCUGCCCAACGGUGCGGAUGAGAUCUACGUGUGCAUCGGCGUUAAGGCCUCCAAUUACUUCAUGCCGGCAGAGACGCUUUCGGACAAGGGACCAGGUGGCGGCGGUUGGAUCCACUUCAACAAGCACAUGCAGGUCACCAAAAAGCCGUCCUUGGGUGGAGCUGUCUGGGCUGAUGGCUCCAUCUACGCAGUAGGAGACUGCAACUACGGAUGCAUCGGCGAGCCGGGCAAGUGGGAGAUGCCUCCGGUUCCGAAGAUCUCCUAUCCUGGAGAAGAGCAAGCCUACCACGCCUGCCUCAAUGUGAUGAAGAUGGCCGAUGGCAAGGACAACUUGGUGAAGACCUGGUGGCCAUGGGGCGCUGGGAUGUUCGCCACCAGUUUGGGCCCUCAUGACGCCUGCGACCUGUCGGAAGUACGGCUGAAUUCCGGGUACAUGGUGAAUUGGUGGAUCCCCGCAGCCUUGCAGAAGGAGAUCAUCGAAACCACCAAGAUCGAUGAAUGCCGCGCCUGGGAUCGACGCCUCAAAUGA